AUGACUAGGAUCUUCAGCAACAUUCACUACUAUGCGAUUGCGGGACUAAGUGUUGUUGGCUGUAUCCUCCUCUUCACCACUAUCAUCGUCGCUAUCGUCGGAUGUGCCAGCACAAGACCAGGGCGUCCGACUGUCCAAAACCUGUCCGGUAUAUGGUUUUGUUCCUCCGGAUGCACUAUUGCCGCUGUCGUCUGGUUUUACGUCACCCAAUACGAAGACUCGCAGACACUGCUGUCCUUGACCUCUCUUGUAAAGUCCAGUCUUGGCUAUUCCUUCUACCUUGUGGCUAUAGCUGGCGCAGGUACACUUAUUGCCGCCAUUACUUUGUGCGUCGUUGCAAAUAACAUGGAUGUUCCGCAGACCGCCACCGCUGUCGUAGCCCCAGCGGGACCACAGGUGUUUGUGAUGCACACAGGAGUCCAACAGCAGGCUCCGACUGGCUAUCCACAGCCUGGCUACAGUCAACCGGGGUAUACACAGCCUGGCUUCAGUCAACCAGGAUAUCCACAGCCGGGUGAUGCACCAAACGGACCCGGAUAUGCGGGAGAGCCAAUGACCAACCCACCGUAUCCUACGAAAUAAAUGUUUCUUUCGUCCCAAACUUCCAACAGUGGCUUAAAGAAAUGUUCGAGUAAUCUUAAUGUUGAGAUGGUUGAGUUUAGAUUGUUUCAAAUUCAAGGUUGACGUAUUUUCGUGUUAUCAAUAAUAACUUCUCUUUGUCUUCAAAUCAAUACCUAUAAAAUAAACGUUUACGCAUACGUAUUAUGAAAACAUCAAUGAAAAUGUCAUAAACAAGAUAAUUUCAAAUUUUAAAUUAUGUUUUGAUUGUAGAAUAUGAUCGUCAUACCAAUACAACUGCUGAUAUACGUUACAUUGAAUUACUCAAGUAUAUAUGAUUUUCCUCUUACCAAGCUGGUAGAUAUACGUUACAAUUGUUGAACGAUGAUUCUUCAUUUAUUUUUAGCUCACCUGGUCCGAAGGACCAAGGUGAGCUUAUGCCAUACCGUGGCGUCCGUCGUCCGUCGUCCGUCUGUCGUCCGUCC